AUUCGUAUAUAUUAAAAUACGCACUACUUAGUUUUGUUUUUGUUAGAUAAUGUGUAAAACAAAACAGUUGUAAUGUUUGUUUUCGAGCUACGAAUAUUUGUGAAGUGUUGAAAAUAGUAGUUUUACCAUUGGAUUGCCUGGAUUAUUGCAUAAACAUUGAAAAGGCGUGUUAGCCGUAGGACAUCAUGUCAAGCUCGAAGCCAUACGCCACCAUCACAGAGCAGCCUGCGGGCAAGUCGCAGAGAUUCCGCUAUUUAAGCGAGGUCGACGGCGCUCGGUCCGUGGGUUCGAUCCCGGGCGUGAGUAGCACGGCGGAGCGCAGGACCUACCCCACCAUACGCGUCCACGGGCACAAGGGGCCGUUUGUGGUGCUGCUGUCGCUACUCAAUCCCCACAACAACUUAGUUCAUCCCCACAGCAUCACGGGAUCGGAUCCACGAUACACAUGCAGGCAUGGAGUGAUCUUCGUUAUCUCAGACGAACCUGAAGUAGUUUUCAAAAAUAUAGGAAUUCUGUGUGUUAAGGGGAAGACCGAGAAAGACGUUAAAUCAGCGUUAAAAAGUCGCAAGGAGAUGAAUAUCGACCCUUUUGGAGCCGGAUUCUCGCACAUAUAUGACCAUCGCCAAAUCAACUUCACGGCAGUCCGUCUCUGCUUCCAAGUGUUUCUGCCGGGACUGAACUGGACUCCGGCCGACCGUAUGGACUUGCUGAAAUACGACAGAGGUCUAGCUCCUGUCGCGUCGGACGUCGUAUACGACGCAAAGAAACUAAAUGAUCUCAAGAUCGUCCACGUUACGACCAUUGCUGGGCCCCUAACGGGAGGGGCUGAAAUGACGUUGCUUUGUGAUAAGUACACAGGGCAGAACCCGGACGUGGUGUUCGAUGACGGACGGGGGUGGUCGCAAACUGCCCCAGCCCAGAUUUACCAUAAGCAGCUGGCGAUAGUGUUCAAGGCUCCCCCCUAUCGGGAAGAGCGAGACCCCAGAAGCCCCGACUAUCUUCAGGUGCAGGUGUACCUGCAGCAGUGUAGCGAACGUGGCGUGUUGCGCAGUCAGCCCGCCACCGUGAAGUAUAUCUUGUCUGAGAAGAACGGCCCGCUUCAGUUUCCUAAACCGACUCAAUUGGAGAAGCCAAGGAUAUCAUUGAAACAAAUAAGAAUGCACCGGCAGUCUCCCGGCAGCCCUGAAGACAGCCAUCAGAAGCGAGGGCGCAACUCGAAGGAAGACCACAUCACCUCCCAAACGGAUGUCAAGUCUGAUCAUACUGCGUCAGGCCAGGCUGAUGUCGGUGGAAGAGCUGAUGCGAUACCUUUAUUUGACCCAGAAAAUCCAGAAUUAUUAACGCAGGAAUGGAUUAACAAUAUUGAUCUUCUCGGUUUCAAAUAUAAUUGGUCGGACACUGUGAAAGCAUUUUACAUGCAAAAGAGGUUAACUGGAAUAGCUAAAGAUUGGCUCUCGUCAAUACGUCACAGUGACAAUUUGACCUGGCCCGAAUGGAAAGACAAAUUGUUAGAAGCCUUUCCUUCUCGGAGAGUAAGCUACCUGGAUCUCCUGCAUCGGAGGUCGAAAAUGAUUAUAGAAGAUAAAAGUAAAAUAAAAGCGAACAGGGUGCACGAGAUUAAUGCCAAAAGAGCAUAUGCUUGUCUCAUUGAAGGUUGGCCUUUACAAAUGAAGACUCCAGCUCAUUGGGGCCACUACGACAACGGGUACGAUACGCAACACUCUUUACACCCUGAUUACUUAUACCUCGCAGAUAGAGAAGACCCUCGAAUUAACGCUCCGCAGAUUCGACCGAUAAAUUUGAAUAAAGCUGAUCAUAAAUUCGGCAUGAGCAGAUAUGACGCGAUCAGUCCAGAUGAAGAGAGGAGAGGAUCCUGUUGUUGUAAUGAUGAUAAGGCUUGUAUGCUAAAUCGUUGUUCAACAAUUAGGCAAAAUGAAAUGAGACCAUCGUGUAUCAUUCAACGCAAUCAGAUACCCGUAGACAGAAGCUGGCAUCAGCCGUGCUCUACAUUAACGUCUAGCUCCUCCUCGCCGUCGAUUGCCAACCCGGCACCGGAUUACUCGAAUGACCAGGAUUCACGCGAGCCAAAGAAUCUGACUGUAUGAUAAUAGUCUAAAAUUCUAAAUAAUAAGCUAGAUGCGUAAAUGCAUUUACCCCUGCGUCAAAUGGGGAGGCGUCGUGGUU